AUGUCUUCGGUUUUCGUACAAAUUGGACAGGGAGGAAAUCAACUCGGAGAGACAUUUUUUAAUACAGUCUUAAGACCUGAGGAUAUUAAACGUAACAGAAGAUGUCCUGCCUUCCAAUUUCUUGAUAAUAAACUCCGUUCAGUAAAUGUGGACAGUGAACGGAAAGUGAUAAACCAACUUAAAAAAAAUCCACUUUUAAGGGAUGAAAAUCUGAUUUGUGGGCUGAAAGGAUGUGGCUCCAACUGGGCUAUGGGUUACUAUGACAGUAAUUGUAAUUUGUUGGCUGAAUCUUUGAAAAUUAUUCAAAAAGAAAGUGAAAAAUGUGAAUACUUCUCAGGUAUUGUUAUACUGCACAGUAUCUCAGGAGGAACAGGAUCAGGAUUUGGAUCCAGUUUAGUUAAAGCUCUCCGAGAUGAAUUUCCUCAGCAGUACAUUUUAUCCUGUGCCAUUUUACCAUAUUCUAGUGGAGAGAAUCCAUUACAACACUAUAACAACAUAUUGUCUCUUUCCAGUCUGCAAAAAUAUGCAGAUGGAGUUGUAAUAUUACCAAAUGAUACAUUUCUUCCUACUGCCCUUCAUAAAAAUUCUGGAUCUUCAACCAAUGUUCAAUGUUCUCUAAAAGAUGUGAAUAAGGAGAUGAGUUUGGCUUUGUCUGGACUUCUUUAUCCAACAGACACCUUAGCAUCUGCAAAUGGCUACAGCCUUGGAAGAGAACCAUGGGAACUCCUUCAACAACUUUGUCCUCUUCCAAGUUUAAAAUUUAUUUCUAUUGUUCAUCAACAGAAAAGAUAUUCUACAUGGAAACAGUCUAAUGUUCUUGUUGGCCGAGGAGAAAAUGAAGCCUAUGAUUUCAGCCAAUAUGUUUGUAAACAACAGAAGCAAACUGAGAGACUCCUCACCUGUGUUCAAUGGGUACCUGACCCUGUUGUUUACUGGACAGCAAAUAGCCAUCUACCUGGAGAAAAGAGUUCUACUUUGACAGCAGCCUCCAACCAUGGUAGGGUAACACAUUGGCUGCAGAUGGCACUUGAUAAGGCCAAAGCAAUGUAUACUGCAAAAGCAUAUUUACAUUGGUAUUGGAAAUAUGGAGCAGACAAGAGUGAUUUUGAAAAAGCCUUUGAAGCAACGGAGAUAAUUAUUGAAAAUUACAGAGAAGUGGCCUGCAUGACUUGA